AUGACAAAGAAGUUCGAAUUUAAUUGGCGCAUAGAAGUGCCGGAGCUGUUGAGAAAGGGCUCGGUAUUCGAUCGAUGGUUAGAGGACAAAGAGACGACCGAGUACGAGCCGAACUGUCUGUUCAAAGUUGACGAGUAUGGAUUUUUCAUCUAUUGGAAAAGCGACGGCAAGGACGGGGAAGUCAUAGAAUUGGCUCAAGUGAGCGACAUUCGCUACGGCGGCACGCCGAAGGAUCCAAAGUUAUGCAACAAGCUGAGCAAAUACGGAACGUUAGAACAGCUGGAUGAAAAGAGCCUAACUGUAUGCUCUGGGGUGGACUAUACGAAUAUCAACUAUCAGCAUAUUAUAUGUACGGAUGCGCAGGUGGCUAAGGAUUGGCAGGCGGCCUUGCGUUUAAUUACGCACAACACAAAAGCUUGCAACGUCUGUCCAACCACGCAGCUUAUGAAGCAUUGGAUGCGGCUAAGUUUUCAAGUAGACUCUAAGGGUAAGGUUCCCGUGAAAGUGAUAUCAAAGACUUUUGCCUCGGGCAAAACCGAAAAACUUGUUUAUCAGGGCCUGUCGGAACUGGGUUUGCCCAGUGGAAAGAACGAUAAAAUAGAGCCGGAGGCUUUCACUUUCGACAAGUUUUACGCCUUGUACUUCAAGAUCUGCCCGAGGAACGAUAUCGAGGAACUUUUCCAAUCGAUUACGAAGGGAAAAUCCGACGCUAUAAGCUUGCUGCAAUUGGUGGAAUUUAUGAAUACAAAACAGAGGGAUCCGCGACUCAACGAGAUUCUCUAUCCUCUAUACGACGAGAAGAGAUGCGUGGAAAUCAUAAACGACUACGAAACGGACGCGAAAGCGAAAGAGGAAAAGAAGUUGACGAAGGACGGUUUCAUACGAUACUUGAUGUCGGACGAGAACGCGCCGAUGUUCCUGGAGAAACUGGAAGAGUGGAUGGAAAUGGACCAGCCGCUUUCGCAUUAUUACAUCAAUUCCAGCCACAACACUUAUCUUAGCGGCCGUCAGAUCGGUGGUAAAAGCACCGUCGAGAUGUACCGACAAGUUCUGCUCGCCGGUUGCAGAUGCGUCGAGCUGGACUGCUGGGACGGUAAAGGCGAGGACGAGGAACCCAUCAUUACCCACGGCAAGGCCAUGUGCACCGACAUUAUCUUCAAGGACGUGAUCUACGCGUUGAGAGACACCGCAUUUGUCACCUCCGACUAUCCUAUAAUCUUAAGUUUCGAGAAUCACUGUUGUCUGAAGCAACAAUACAAACUGGCCAAGUAUUGCGACGAGAUAUUGGGCGACCUGUUGCUGAAGGAGCCGCUGAAAGAUUAUCCCCUCGAACCGGGGUGUCCCCUUCCACCGCCGAACGCGCUGAAACGCAAGAUAUUAAUCAAGAAUAAGCGACUGAAGCCGGAAGUGGAGAAGGCCGAGCUCGAGCUCUUCCGUGCCGGACAGUUCGAGGUCAAGGACGAGGUCGUGGAGGAUGCCAGCGCACCUGCAGCUGCCGCGCCUCCCUCUGAGCCGCCGAAGGAAAGCGAGGCUCCCGCCGAGGAAGGAGCCGAAGAGGUGCAAGCGGUUCAAUACACAGGCAGCACCAUGCAGGUUCAUCCUUGGCUCUCGUCGAUGAUAAACUACGCGCAACCAAUAAAGUUUCAGAGCUUUGAGACCGCGGAGAGCAAGAAUAUACAUCAUAAUAUGUCUUCGUUCUCCGAGACUGCCGCUCUUAACUAUCUGAAAACUCACUCCGUGGAGUUCGUUAAUUACAACAAGCGGCAAAUGAGUCGAAUAUAUCCAAAGGGCACGAGGGCUGAUUCGUCGAAUUACAUGCCCCAGGUCUUCUGGAACGCCGGCUGUCAGAUGGUGGCGCUGAAUUUCCAAACCCCCGAUCUACCGAUGCAACUCAAUCAGGGGAAAUUCGAGUACAACGGCACGACGGGCUACCUGCUGAAGCCCGACUUCAUGCGACGGCCGGAUCGAAGCUUCGACCCCUUUUCCGAGGACGUCGACGGCAUCAUCACCGCGCAGUGCGCGGUUCAGGUUAUAGCCGGGCAGUUCUUGUCGGACAAAAAGGUCGGCACAUACGUGGAGGUGGAUAUGUACGGUCUACCGGCGGACACGAUCAAGAAGGAAUUCAGAACACGAAUGGUGCCGGCGAACGGUUUGAAUCCGGUCUACAAUGAGGAGCCAUUCUUAUUCCGGAAAGUCGUGCUUCCCGAUUUGGCGGUGCUACGAUUCGGCGUUUACGAAGAGAACGGCAAAUUGCUCGGGCAACGAAUUUUGCCUUUGGACGGCCUUCAGGCCGGUUAUAGGCAUAUCUCUUUGAAGACCGAGGCGAACUUUCCGAUGGCGCUGCCUAUGCUCUUCUGCAACAUAGAGCUGAAGAUUUAUGUUCCCGACGGAUUUGAAGAUUUUAUGGCCGCCUUGUCAGACCCGGGUGGCUUCAGCAAGGCCACCGAGAAGCAGAGCGAAACGAUGAAGGGAAUGGGAAUAGAGCAGACGGAUGCUAAAGCGGAUGCUAAGAAGAAGAAGGAAGAAGAGGCGAAGAAAGCGGAGGAGCUGAAACUGGAGCCGAUCACGUUGGACUCGCUGAAGAAGGAGAAAGGUUUCAAGUUGGGCAAGAAGCAUCAGAAAGAGUUGGACACCAUGAAGAAGAAGCACAUGAAAGAGAGGCAAACCAUGCAGAAGAAUCACUGCAGCGCCAUCGACAAGCUGACGAAAGGCAAGGACAAGAAUGCUCUACUGCAAGAUGCCAACGUGAAGAAAGUUAUAAGCGAGCAAACGGCACAAUGGUCUACUAUGAUGGAAAGGCAGCGGAAGGAAGAGUGGGAAUUGCUGAAGAAUCAAACGCAGAGCUCGCGCGACGAAUUAAAGAGGUUGAUCGAGGUAGUGCAAGCCACGCAAGUGAAGCAGAUGCAGGCGAAACACGACAAAGACAUUAAAGACAUGAAUGCCAAUCAGGCGAAAGCAUCCGUGGAGACAGCCAAGGAGGUGAUGAACGACAAGACCUUGAAGACGAAGGGCGACAAGGACCGGCGGCUGCGAGAGAAGAAGCAGCAGAACACCAAGAAGUUCAUGGAGGAGAGAAAAACCGUGCAGAUCAAGCAGGGUCGCGAGAAGGAGAAGCUCAAGGUCACGCAUGAGAACCAAGUCGGGAAGUUGGACAAGGAUAUCGAGGGGGGUAUCGAGAUGUACAAGAACGAGGCGGUCGAAUACGACUUGUCGUCCAAGACGGAAUUCUAUGUGUAACGAACGCAACAUUUUUAUUAGCGUGCUUUUGAUUUGUUAACGCGUAGCUCGUCACCACAUUAGAUCGGUGCCGAACGACGUUAUUGAUUGCAACUAAAGUACUUACAUUACGAAACUAUUCGAACGUGAUCGUAAAAGACUACGAUUAUUAUGACUGUUAUAAAAAAAAAUUGGUUGAAUUUAUCCGACAAAAAACAAACUAAACGCGUUUUCUUCAACCAAAACCGUAGAUUAUUAUAUAAACGCAAUCUAAAUAAUCACUUUUAAUAUGUAGCCUAUUCUUUAACUAUACAACUAUUAUUAGGUAUGUGCAAAAGUUUCAGACAGGUUUUAACUU